GCGCAUCCUCGGCUCCGGUGUGCGUGGUUUCCUGCGGCUGGGUUGAGCAGCGGGCGUGUCUUCGGCGGGUGUGGCAGGCGUUACGCUAUAGAGGCGGAACGAUUCUCAGAGAUGGACAUUCGCGACUGCGGGCACUGUCUAUGCGAAGAAGCGAUCGACGCGGCGGCGAUGGCGGUGACCGUCGUCGUCGUCAACACGAUGAGCGACAUGUCGUCGUCCUCACGCGACAUGCUGAUGCAGCUCCGUAAACGAAGAGUGUUGUUGCAGAGCGUUGCCGAAGCGCCGGAUUGCGUGGCCACGUGUGAGGCAGUCGUCCAGUUGUGUGUCGCGCUGUCUUCUGGCGUUUUCCCGCGGCAGACCCCGCAAGUUGCGCAUGUCGAGGCCAUGUUCACCCAGAUCGUAGCCGCGUGCGCCACGUACGUGGAGAAGAAGGUCACGCACUAUAGGAUGCCAUUGCCAGUGGAGCAGGUGAUCGCUUUCGCGUUGUAUGGGUGGGCUUCUGGAGAGACGUACAAGAGCGGCACAUCAGCCUUUGACAUCGGGAGGGCCACUGCACUGCAGGCCGUCCGCGACAUGACUUCCGCGCUGAUGCAGGCGUACCCCGACGCGAUCAAGUGGCCAGUGGGCCGUAGACGUGCGCAGAUUCUGCGUGCUUUCCGUGAGAAGGGUUUCCCGAACUGCUUCGGCGCAAUCGACUGUACACACAUCUACAUUGACAAGCUCGCCGGCGCACCUUCGGCCAACUACUACGACCGCAAACARAAGUUCUCCGUGCAGGCGCAGGUGGUGGUGGAUUUGGAUCUGCGGAUCCUCGACGUCCACCUCGGAUACCCGGGAAGUGUGCACGACAUCCGUGUCCUGCACAAUUCCCGGCUGUGGAGGCGUGCAGAAACUGGCGAGCUGUUCGACGCACCUCCAGAGAAUCUGCCGCACGGUGUAGUAACGCGAGCUGGAGAUGGAGACGGAGAUGGAGAUGGAGAUAGAGAUGGAGAUGGGGAUGGAGAUGGAGAUGGAGAUGAAGCAGCAGGGGAGAUGGAGAUGGAGAUGGAGAUGGAGAUGGAGAUGGAGAUGCAGCUGAAAAUGGAGAUGGAGAUGGAGAUGGAGAUGGAGAUGGAGAUGGAGAUGGAGCAGAAGGGGACAAGGAGAUGGAGAUGGAGCUGCUCGGAAGGGGUCAACGCAUGCGAGAAGGAAAGCAGGAGGAAGUGGAGGAGCAGAGGGCUACGUAAAUGGGGAAGUUGACAAUGUAYCAUCAUCAUCAUCAUCGACAUCGUCAUCGUUGGUGUCAGCCGUUUGCCCCCUAUU